AUUCGUCGUGACAGAUUAGGUAGCGUAUUAUGACAAUAUUCGGCACGAACAGGGAAAUAUGUCGAACAGUGAUUCGGCCUCGUGAUACCCAUUUUCAGUUCGUUGCAGCCAGUCUUGUCAAUCAUGGAUAAGAAACCCGCGACCCAAGAGUCGCUCAUCUCGGCCAUCGAGAAUGCCGGAAGACAGGCAUUUGAACCCACGGGCGACGAUGCUUCGCGCUCUGCGGGCCAACGCGAGUUUGGCGCACUCAUUUCCAGAACAGGAACCUCGUCUCUCAUCUCAGCCCUUAAUGCUCUGAUCAAACCAGAACGAGUCCCAAGAUGGCUUCGUGUGCACCUGAUGGAUGUGCUCACUCUGCUACCUCAACGGCCUGGCGGUGUGAGGGCGACGCUCGAGUUUGUAUUUGCAACGCAUCCGUCGAGUACCGUGCGGAAGGCCGAGGCUGCUGAACCCCAGAAGCAGGGCGGCAAUAUCACUAUGGAAGCCAUGAAAAUGGCCGCCACUAUGUUAUCGAUACCGCCGAAUGGCGUCAACCCUGAGAAGUGGUAUCCGGGAAUUGCGCCUCAGAUUCUUGCUCUUCUAGAUGGAAAUGAAGGCGCGGAUUUGGUCAUGGUCGCUGCUUACGUUAUAGGGUAUGGAGUCCUGGGAAGGAAACAAUUGGGCGCACCAGGAUCUCCUGGAUGGGCUGCCUUUGCUGAGCCAAUGCUGGCUGCGAUUAACCCGUCUCUUUCAUCGCAGAAGCCUUCUAGCGAGACGUUGAUUUUCAGCGCAGGCCCAGAUGAGGUAAUUGAUCUCCAACGAGAGACCACAGCUGUCAAGCCUGAGGAGAUAAUGCUAGCGCUGCAACGUUUGACUGCGUUACUCAACUCACACCCCAACCAUGGGUUGACGACGAGACUUCUCGCGCCCCUCGUCCUGCCGCUGUGGGCGCUAUCUUCCUGGUUAAGCGCAGACGAGAAAUGCAAAAAGAACGUCUGCCUCCCUGCGAGGAAUCUCCUCCAAAUCUAUCUGAAGGUUUCGGGAUCUGCCAAGAAGUAUUCAUCCAUUAUUAACGAUAUGAUGUAUGGUGGCGGCCACAAUUCGGACGGCAGCCAUUGGAGAUUCGACCUGAGUCAAUCCGGCAUCCAGGUGAAACGACUCCGAGCAGCUUCUCUACUGAAGAGUUCCGGGGUUGCGUGGGAAAGCAUAGAAUCGAAGGCCGCUGCCUUCGUAGACCUCCUGGAGGCGGCCGCAUCUGACAGCGAAAUCUCGAACAUCUUCCUGAUGCUCUUUGAGAACUCAUUCGGACGUCAACGGUCAAGCGAUGGAAUCAAGCUCGUGGCAGAAGAAGAGAAAGUGGAUGACCCGGUUAACAGCUUCGUGAAGGCAAAGCUUCUUCAACAAAUGAUGAGCAAAAUCCCAGAUAAGCUAGUGGCAGAUUCGAGUGGAAUGCUGAAACUCGCCAGCCGAAUUCUAGCCGAGUUUAGCCCUUGCUCGGAGAGUCUCGACGCGACGGCCAUUGCUCUCAGUCUUGUGAACAUUGUCGUCACAGCACCGAGUUUCCAAAAGUCAAAUGUCGACAGCAGUCUUCUCGAGAGUAUCAAGGUUUCGCUCCACACUAUCAGCCAAGCGAACCAACACGAUGUUUCGAAAACAGCUAGCAAUCUGUCCCUUCUCCUUAGAUACCGUGACGAGAUCGACGACCCGUCGGAACGACCGACUGCACCAUCGACUCGGCAGAUUGAGGACCGCAAGACGUUCAGUCUGGCAAUCUCGUACAUCACUCAAGCCGAAUCACCGCCUCCUGUGCGGUCUGAGGGGUUGAAUCUGAUUUCUGGGUUGAUUGAAGCAAACAGCCCAAUUCUCGAUAUCCAAGGUGUGCUUGUGCUUCUGUCCUCGCUACUGAGUGACGACGAGGAAUACAUCAAUCUCCGGGCCAUGAGGAUAUUCACGCAACUAGUGGACAAGCAUCCGAAGUCUGUGAUCAAGGAACUCCUAGAGCACUGCAUCGACGCCAACGAGGAGGCGACGGUAGACACGCGGCUCCGUUUUGGAGAAGCGAUUCUACAGGUCAUCCAGCGGCUUGGUGCGGCAUUCUCGGGCGAAACGGCGACGCAAGUCAGCGAGAGUCUGCUCUCGAUGGCCGGGCGACGAGGGUACCGCCCCAAGACCGAGGCCAAACAAGCGCGUGAAGAGAGACUGCGGCAACGGCAACAGAAGGCAGCAGAAAAGGAGUGGGGCGGCGUCGUCCCGGAUCUCAGUGAAGAACUCGAGCAGACUGAAGAGGAGAAGGUUCAGAACGACAUCGUGGCCCAGAUACUGGCGGGCUGGGAAAGCAAGCGCGGCAGCGAGGACGUGCGGAUGCGGGCAUCAGCACUAUCGAUCUUGUCGGUGGGGAUGGAGACAAACAUUGCCGGUGUCGGGGCAACGCUCGUUGAAACGGCGGUGGAUCUAUGCGUCAAUAUCCUUACUAUGGAACCCGAGAUGGAGAAGGCCAUUAUCAGACGAGCGGCUAUCAUACUGAUUCUGACUUUUGUGAAAUCUUUGGCAGCUGCUAAAGAACAAGGGAGGAGACUGGGUUUCGGUUUGACGGACCCGAGUCGCGAGGAUAUCAUGCGCAUUCUGCGGUAUGUGUCAAGCUCGGACAACGACGGGCUUGUGCGGCAGCAUGCCAGUGAUGUUGUCGAGAGUCUCCAGAACUGGCAGCUAAGUUCCGUGCUGCCGGAAGUACGAGAUCGUUCCCCGGAUUUGACGAGGCUGGCUGGGUUGAACAUAAAUAUGCCUAAUUUAGACGCUCGAGCAACGGUCACGCGGCCGAGGAUAGAGGAGAUUGAAUGAUGAAAAUGCGUUUCUCUGUUGAGCUCAAGUGUUGUCAGACUUGCAUACGUUAUCGUAUUUGUCUCUACUCGACACAUGCUUGAUGUAAAGUAAAUCUAGAGCAACCAUCGCAACAAACAUGCAAUGCCAAUACCUCCACUACGGAGAAACCCUCCAAAUGUCACUGUCCAUGUCCAUGGUGUCACUACCAACAGUUCGACUCGCAGCAGCAGCAGCAGCAGAAGAAGAAGAAGAAGAAGAAGAAGAAGAAGAAGAAG